CGCAGGUGAGGGGGGGGUCCCGCCAUGGGCUGCAACAUGUGCGUGGUGCAGAAACCGGAGGAGCAGCACCGGGUGAUGCUGCAGGUGAGCGGGAAGGAGGGGUCGCGCCGGGGGGGUCCCCGGGGGGGGUCCAAGGAGCCUCUGGUGCUGCAGGUGCUGAGGAGAAGCCCCCGGGGUCGCCCCCCUCCCCACCCUGGCGGGGGGAUCCCCCCGAGCCCCUCCUGGGGGGGGCCGGGACCCCCGCCCACAAUUGGGGGAGGGGGGCUGGUGGACAGCGGCACCCAGACCGACAUCAGCUUCGAGAGCCGCCUGGGGGGGGCCGAGCCGCCCCCCCUCCCCCAGGAUUAUUUUGAUCCCGCGGAUUUGGGGGAGCCCGAGCGCCCCGAGGAGCUGGAAUAUGAGGAGGUGGAGCUGUACAAAACCAGUCACAAACUGGGAAUCACCGUCUGCUACCGCACGGACGGCGAGGAGGACCCCGGGAUCUACGUGGGGGAGGUGAACCCCAACAGCAUCGCAGCCAAGGACGGGCGGAUCCGGGAGGGCGACAGGAUCAUCCAGAUCAACGGGGUGGAGAUCCAGGACCGGGAGGAGGCCGUGGCCUUCCUGACCCGCGAGCAGCAAACCAACAUCUCCCUGCUGCUGGCCCGGCCCGAGAGCCAGCGAUGGAAGGACAGCGACCGCGAGGAUUUCCUGGAUGAGUUCGGAUCCGAUGAGGAGGGGGAGCUCAGGGGGGCCUGGACCCCCCCCGGGCAGCCCCCCAGCCCCGCCACGCCCGGCCGCGGGGCCGAGCCCGACAGCGGCGUGGGGCGCACGGACGAGUCCACGCGCAACGAGGAGAGCUCGGAGCACGAUCUGCUGGGAGCGGGAUUAGGAGCGGGAUCGAGCCCGGGGUUGGGCCCGGGGCUGCCGGGCUCGGUGUCGCCGCCUCCCGCCGCUCUGAGCCCCGCGGAGCUGCGGCGGUACCGAGCCCUGCGCGGAGCCGGAGCCGCGGGCCGGGCCGAGCUGGCUCGGCUGGAGGAGGAGCUGCGACAUCUGGAAUUCAAAUGUCGCCACCUCCUGAGGGCCCAACAGCUGGAGCGGCUCCGCGAGCGGGGCCGCCGGGCCUGGCGCGACCCCCGCCCGGGGGUCGAGGGUCCUUUGGCCGAUAUCGCCGAGGCUCCGGAGCGCGACAGCACCAGCGCCUACAACACGGGCGAGAGCUCCCGCAGCUCCCCGCUGCUGCUGCGGGCCGGGCUCGGAACCGCCGGCACCGCUCCCCCCGCUCCCCCCGGCACCGCCAAAGGGCCCCGGGGCAAACGGCCCGGCCGGGACCGGCUGCUGAAGGCUCGGGCCAUCAAAAUCCUGGAGGAACGCGGAGGCUCCACCGAUGACGACGCGAGGAGCGAGCUGAAAACCGGGCGCUACUGGAGCCGCGAGCAGCGCAAGCAGCACCUGGCGAGGGCUCGGGAGCAGAGGAAACGCCGGGAAUUGCUGCUCCAAGCUCGGCCGGAAGGUUCCGGGGGUCUCGGGGGUCUCGGGGGGGUUGCGGAGCCCCCCCAGCAGCAGCAGCAGCAGCAGCAGCACGGGCAGGGGUCGCGGCGGGGGCUGCGCAAGAGGAGCCGCCGUAUCCUGGAUAAUUGGGUGACGAUCCAGGAGAUGAUGCUGGCUCAGCACGGGGGGCGCUUGGAGCAUCCCCUGCUCUCCGUCACCACCGUGUGACCCCCGCCCCA